AUGCACACAUUUUCAGAUUGUGCAUGUGUAUGUCAACCGAAUGAUAAACGAUGUUUUGAAUUGUUGGAAGGGAAACGUCAAUUCACGGCUGAAGAAAUUCCAUUACCACUGAAUGGUUCUUACAUCUUACCACCUUGUCGUUAUGGUGUAAUGGAUGAUUUACACUUAUAUCAUAGACAUUGCCCCGGACCAACUAGAAAUACGCUUCCAAUUAAACAAUAUGACAACAUAAAAUGA